AUGGAAAUCGGGUUAGACUACGAAAUCGAUCACGACCCUGAACCAGACGAUGUUGGAACAAUCAGAGUCACUGCAAGAAUCUUUGGUAAAUCUGAAACAUUCACGGCUUCGACUCCUGCCAAAGAAUUCAUCGAUGACGAAGUGUGUCGUAGUAAAGAAGAAUUGAAUUAUUUCCUGAUCGAUGCAGGAGUCAACGAUUCUGAUAUUUUUGAUGUGAUAUCAAAACUAAUUUUCCGUGUUGAUGACAUAACUUGUUCCACAAGUAACGAGUAUUCUCCUGAAUGUGCUUUGGAAGUGAAGUUGGAUCUUUUUCCUGAUGAUCUCGAUGACGAUCAGGAGGGCACUCAGAUUGAAGAAGCGGUUCAAGUCUCGUUCGACCAAACCAGUAAUAUCCGGUUUAGACCCGCAAACAAGCUCGUGAGUUUAAGAAUGGAGGAAGACUCGUGA